AUGGAGAAGAGGACUGCAGUAUUUGGUAUUAGUGAAGAAGACCUAAACAGUAUCCUUGAGCAGCUUUUUAUACGCCGGCCGCCUUAUCCGAUCGAACUCUCAGUGCCAGAGUCGCCCGCACGAGCUACUCUAAAUAUUGACGAAGCACCUACAGUGGACUUUUUUGAGGACAAGUCAGCCUCUGAACUGCAAGUCAACGUUUAUGAUGGUAUUUUUACAUCGACUGAUGCUGAAGAUGUCUCCAUUGAUCCAAUAAUAAACGGACUGGUGCUACCGUUCUUGAUUGAGUAUUUGUCUAAGGAUCGAGUAAAAUAUAAUAUUGAUAUUCCGCCAACUGCAUUAGCCAACGCCCAGAAACUAGGACUUGGUGUACCACAAGUCACUGUUAGAAAUCACCAGGCCUUAGCGUUUUCUACAUCUGGUAAAAAGGCGCCAGACAUGGCGGCCCCGCCUGGCAGCUGGCCAGCAGGCGUAUUCGUUGGUGCAGACUUGUCGGUGCUCACUGCAGCGGCAAACCUUGCUGCUUCACAGAUCGAAAAAGAAAAGAACUUUGGCUUCGGAAAUAUCAUUAGCGGUGAAAUGCAUGCUAGGUUUGGACCAAUUUCGGAUGUUAAGGUCAUUGAAGAAGGCUCAACGAAUCUGAUGAGUGCCACUACAAGGGGUGAGCAGCUGUUCCUGAAUUUUCGGUACAUGGACCACCUUAAUAUCGAACGGCUUAUGCUCGGCAUCCCUAGCUGGUUGAACAACAUUUUCCACCUGGUGGGUCGGUUAGAAGCUGAGCUAUAUACCCGAAUAUCGAAGCUUGUGGUGGUCUUAAUCAGGGCGUGGGAGUUCCCUUUCGUUUCUCUUGCGUCGACUUCACCUAGCGAUUAUGACAUGUUUUAUUUGCAGCUACAACCUUCAAAUUUCCGGGCUAUUCAUGUUCUCUUUCUAACUUUCUCGCCUAUAAUCCUAUAUUUGAAUAUCAAAGCUUUAGUGCACCCCGAAUUAUCAGAUAGAAGGAGUUCUAUCGAGUCUUACAGUCCGGAGGAAGAUAUAUACCGAUGCGGAUACAAGACACUGGGUAAGCUGGAACUUUCUAUGACUUUAAGGGCUGGCGUCCACGAAUUUAGCGAUCUUUCAGAUUAG